GGCACACUUACACAGUACUGAAACCUCCAAACUUCAAAGGCCAGCUCAAGCACAUUAUUAUAGCCCCUUCGCUUUCUUCUUACUUCUUUCACUUUAAAGCCUAUUAACUCAAAUCCGGCGCCACUGUUCUCCGCCGAUUCAAUCCACGCCGAUUCAUAUGGCAGUUUAGAUAUAUAUACAAGUAUUUUGUAGCUGUAGAACAGAUAGUGAUAUAGUACAGUUAUAGCUCCGGUGAAGUGAAAUGGGUUGCACGGCGUCGAAGCUGAACAACGAGGACACUGUGCGGCGGUGCAAGGAGCGGCGCCGCCUUAUGAAAGAGGCUGUCUAUGCGCGGCACCACCUCGCUGCCGCGCACUCCGACUAUUGUCGGUCGCUCCGCCUUACGGGUUCCGCACUUUGCACGUUCGCCGCCGGCGAACCUCUCGCAGUCUCUGGAAAUACCCCCACCGUUUUCCUCAACCCAUCGCCUCCGCCGUAUGCAGCGGCGAGUUCGGCUUCUGACUAUCAUCCACCGCCUCGUGUUGCCCCCUCUCCCUCUCCUUCACUCCACCCUCCUCCGCCGCCUCCAUUUUCGCCGCCUUCUCCUACGAUAGCUAGUUCCAAACUACCUCAUAUACUCUCUUCCUCCAGUGUCGGUUCCUCCAAUCAUCGCCGCAGGAAGCCGCCGCCGAAACUUCCGCACAUUCUUUCUGAAUCGAGUCCGUCUUCCUCACCACGAAGCCAAGCAUCAAAUUUCCCUUCUGAAUUCUUCCCCACGGCGUACCAAGCAAAUUCUACCUAUUCGAGUACUCCAUCUCAAACCUCUUCUGUUUGGAACUGGGAGAAUUUCUAUCCUCCUUCUCCUCCUAGUUCGGAGUACUUCCGGAACCGAGCUCAACAGUCUCAACAAUCAAUGAAUCAGAAAAUUGAAAAUAAAGCUUCUCACCACUUGGACGCCGAGGAUUUCGAUGCUGAAGAUACUGAGAGAUCAGAGUAUGACUUUUUCAAUCCAAAGCACGAGUCUCUUCAAAAGCAGAAGCUUCAUCAAAAUCAUCAGCUUGAGGAUCAGGAGUACACUGAGACAGAGCGGGAGGAGGUUCAAUGUAGCGAGUGGGGGGACCACUACAGCACGACGAGCUCUUCCGAUGAGGAGGAGGAGGGGGAUGCGGAAUCGAGGUCCGAGAUCGAGACGCGUUCAAAUUUCGGGUCAGUGCGGGCGGAAUCCAUCGCUGGAGCGUCGACCGUCCCGGCGUCGGCUGCUCCGAAGAUGCCCAGGACAUCAAGCAAGAUCGAGAAGUCUGAUGAUGCAGGGUCGUCGGCUAGUUACCGGACCGGGGACGUGAUGGACAUGAAAAUGGUGGUAAGGCAUAAGGACUUGAAGGAGAUCGUGGAAGCCAUCAGAGAGAACUUCGAGAAGGCAGCGAUGGCAGGAGAUCAGAUAUCGGAGUUGCUCGAGAUCAGCAGAGCGCAGCUUGAUCGGAGUUUCAGGCAAUUGAGGAAAACUGUGUAUCAUUCAAGCAGUAUCUUCAGCAAUCUCAGCUCGAGCUGGACCUCAAAACCGCCAUUGGCAGUUAAAUAUCAGCUGGAUACUGGUUCGCUAGAAGAACCAGGCGGUCCGAAGAGCCUGUGCUCCACAUUGGAGAGGCUUUUGGCAUGGGAGAAGAAGCUGUAUGAGGAAGUGAAGGCGAGGGAAGGUGUGAAGAUUGGACAUGACAAGAAACUGUCAGCUCUGCAGAGUCAGGAAUACAAAGGGGAGGAUGAAGCAAAGAUCAGCAAAACCAAGGCUUCUAUAAAGAGGUUGCAAUCACUCAUUAUUGUCACUUCUCAGGCCGUGUCUACUACCUCAACUGCCAUAAUUCGCCUCAGAGACUCUGAUCUUGUUCCUCAGCUUGUUCGAUUCUGUCAUGGACUGAUGUACAUGUGGAGAUCAAUGCAUCAGUACCAUGAAAUUCAAAGCAACAUUGUGCAACAAGUCCGCGGUCUUGUGAACCAAUCUGUCCGAGGUGACUCAACUUCUGAACUGCACCGCCAGGCAACUCGCGAUCUUGAGUCGGCUGUUUCAGCCUGGCAUUCCAGUUUUUGUCGUCUUAUAAAAUUCCAGAGGGGCUUCAUCCUGUCCUUGCAUGGGUGGUUCAAGCUCAGCCUAAUUCCGGUCAGCGAUGACAACAUCAAUAGCAGCAAGGAACCCUCUGAUGCAUUCGCCUUCUGCGAUCAAUGGAAGCAUGCGCUUGAACGUGUACCAGACACAGUUGCAUCCGAAGCUAUCAAGAGCUUUAUCAACGUUGUUCAUGUGAUCUCUGUCAAGCAAACUGAAGAACUCAAGAUCAAAAAGCGCACCGAGACUGCAUCAAAAGAACUAGACAAGAAGGCUUCAUCGCUGCGAAACUUAGAGAGGAAGUAUUACAGUUCGUAUUCUGUGGUAGGUAUAGCUGCUGCUGUACCAGAUAGUGGGCAAGGCUUGGAUGCUCGAGACCCGCUCGCCGAAAAGAAACUGGAGCUCGCAUCGUGCCAGAGGCGGGUCGAAGAUGAGAUGCAGAAGCAUUCUAAAGCUGUAGAGGUAACAAGAGCAAUGACUCUUAACAAUCUGCAAACUGGUUUGCCUGGAGUUUUUCAGGCAUUGGCAAGUUUUUCUUCUCUAUUCACUGAAGCUCUUCAGACAGUUUGUACAAGUUCAUAUGCAAUCAAUGGGUAGUCUUUUUUUUUUUUUAAUUUGGGGUUCAAUUUGGGAUCUUGAGUUCUUCAUGGUAGGGGCUUCUUAAAAUUAUUUUUGGAAUGUAAAUAUGAAGAAUUUUGUGAUUCCAUGUUUUUUGUCCUUAAAACAAAAAAAAAAAUAUUGAAGGGGAUGGGAAUGGUACUUUUGUAAAGGAAGUUUUUCGCACUUUGAAUUAGGGAAUUUUCGAAUCUUUCAGUUAGUCAAUAAAUUACACUCAUUGUGUUUUUCUGUUGGAUCACCAA